AAUUCAUACUUUUCUAUAAAUGACUUCGCUAAAAGACUUCACCAUGCAUGAGGAACUAGGAGCAGGGGCAUACUCUAAAGUCAAUAGAGUUACCAGGACCGACGAUAAGCAGGAAUAUGCACUUAAAAGAGUUUUCCUCAGUAAACUCACAGAUAAGGAGAAGGAGAACGCACUUAAUGAGGUCAGAAUUCUGGCUUCAAUAAGUUCUGAAAACGUUGUAUCGUAUAAAGAAGCCUUCUGGGCUACCUCACCUUCCUCACUCUGCAUUAUCAUGGAGCUUGCCAAUGGUGGCGAUCUCUAUGAUAUGAUCAAGAAGCAUAAAUAAGGCCAAGACCUUCUUCUCUGAAGAGAAAAUUUGGGACAUAUUUAUCCAAAUUGUCAAAGGGCUUAAAAUUUUGCAUGCUCACAAGGUUCUCCACAGAGACUUGAAGUGAGCAAAUGUCUUCUUAAACAAAGAUGGGACAGUCAAACUUGGUGACUUGAACGUCUCGAAAGUUGCCAAAGCUGGUCUUGUAUAUACCCAGACAGGGACACCUUAUUAUGCUUCUCCAGAAGUAUGGAAAGACAAACCAUAUAAUUCGAAAAGUGAUAUUUGGAGUCUUGGUGUUGUGUUAUACGAAAUGUGCACUCUUAAUCCUCCUUUUACCGACACAAGUAUGCAAGGUUUAUGAAAGAAAGUAAUGAAGGGAAUAUAUCCCUCACUUCCAUCUCGGUACUCAAAAGACCUCUCUACCAUGAUAGCGACCCUUCUGAAUGUUUCGGCUACUAAAAGGCCGAGUUGCAGCCAGAUCUUACAUAUGCCUGCUUGUGAAGAGCAUUUAUUGGAAGAAGAAAAUUAUGAGAUUAGUCAAGAAUUACUAAACACAAUCAAACUUCCUCGCAAUCUCAAACACUUGAACACGAGAUUGCCAAAGUCUCAAUACGAGGAUGAAGAGGCCUAUAAAUGAGAGGCCUCUUACUCACAUCAGGAAUUACCUCAGAAGAAGAGUUAUCCGAUCUUGCCUCCUACCAAGAGUCAGGACUCACUUCCUCAAGAGACCAAACGAGAGGUCGAUAAGUAUGAGGCUAUUGCUGAAAUAGAGCGGCGUUAUGGCGAUAAGGAGUCUCGGGCUGGCAAGAAGGAGAGGCAGAUCCCAAGGAGCACUCCAAGCUCAGGGAACAGCAUCCCCAAUAUCUAUAAUAAGUAUGCAGAAGAAGCAAGAGAUAUCGCAGAAUCUGCCAAGAAGAAGAAUUAUCUCAAGCUCAAGGAGAAAUACAACCAGAGAGCCAAGGAAAUUGAACAAAUUGAGAAGGAAAAGAGGAUGCUUAGGAACAGAGUUGCUAAUGGUGUUGCACAUAAUGCCAGUUAUGAUUACCCCAGAGAGAUUGUCAAGCGUCAGAAUUAUCACCAGAUGAGAAAUGAUAGAAGAUAUGAUCUUAUAAAUCAUAUGAAUUCAAGGAGUGAGGACUACCGUGAUUCUGCCAUAAAGACUACAGGAAAAGCACCUAGUAUCAAAAAGCGUAAUUUUAAGCUACCUUCUACCUCAAAAGAGCUCGACAACCUUCCUGUGAACGAUAAUGAGAGAAGAAAGGCCAGGAUUCUUAGGCAUGCUGAAGAGAUCAGACAGGCUGUAAGUCUUAAUAGGGAAAAAGCCUCAGGAAGUUCUUCUGGAAUUUACAAAUCAUCAGGAGUCUACUCGCCUUCUGUACCUAAAUGGUGGGGUUAGGAAGCCUCCAUAAAUUAUCACUCUAGUUUAUAUUUCAAUUGCAUA